AUGGAUUCCUCUAUGCAAGAGUUCUACUCGCUGUCGCGAUCCACUUCGCAACAGCGUCCCUUCACCCAGAUCAUUCCCUCACAAAGUGGCCUCGAUUCAAGAAGUCCCUCUCGACAACAACCGUCGCGAGAACGUCCACAGAGUGCCAUGGCAUGGUCGCAGUACCAGCAUCCAAUGACAGUGCCAUCAAUAGCCCAGAUCUGGCUCCAGCCUAGCCAACAGCAGCAUCAACUCAAUUCUCAAGAUGCUUACCAACAGGACCCUUCCACUCGUCGUCGUCGUCAUCAUACCGCUGGAAGCAGUGGCUUCGUCGAAUCUGCGCCAGCUAGGGCGGGAGAUGCUUCACUCACAGAGCGACGCAGCCGCGCAUCAGUCGAUAACGGUGAUUCGGUCCCUUACGAUCCCUUUGCUCCGUCCUCUCCACGACCAAGCUCUCCUCCUCCAAUCCCCUCUACGCCAGGCUCGUCAUAUGCGAGGCAUUCAUCCCUCCACCGUCCUCGUCCUCCCCAUGAUCCUUCGAUCUAUAGUCAAGAUGACACCCACUCGCGCCGACAGGAAUACGACAAUACUCACUUGGAGCAUCUUGAAGAGCUGGACGACUAUGAAGCGUAUUCAGAGGAUAAUAGAGGCCGUCGUCGUUCAUACCCUGGUGGCGGUGUCUCGAGCGCGGCCUAUGAGGAUGGUCAAGGAAGUGAGGGAGAUCAAGGGGACAUGUCUUCGAUCCACUAUCCACCUACACCUGUCACCCGAAACGUCGGUGUCGCAAAGUCCAUGCUGGGCGAAAUCGCAGAUGCGUCUAACCAGUCGCAGGCAUUCAGUCUCUUUGGAUUCGCUUGGGGUAUCGGCAUGAUUGUGGGUCCAUUUCUGGGAGGAUACCUCGCGAACCCGGCACAAACGUUCCCAGAGAUUUUUGGAGACUGGGAGUUUUUUAUCGAGUACCCUUACUUCCUCCCUUGCUUUGUUGCAUCCAUGGGCGGUGUUGUUGGAUUCUUGGUCGGGUUCUUUUUCUUGCAGGAGACCAAGGGGAUGCGAGGAGGCGUUAUGGUUGAGACCAACAAGGAUGUCGAUGAUGACUAUUAUAACGACACCAUCAACACCAGUCAGUACCAGGGAGGUCCCGAUUACCAGGAAGUCGAACGUGAUGACCUCAACUCUAAUGGGCGAGAUGAGCUACUCAGCGACUUUUCGAGCAACCACAAGGCUACGGACAGAGAUAUAGAAACACAGAACGGGGCGUCGGAACUGGAUAUCGAUCUGGAGAGCCAGCCACUCAUGUUACCUCCCAAUGCGACUCAAGCGCAGCAGCUCAAGUUCUCAAACCGUCGUGGAAUAGAUCACUCCAACCAGUAUGGAUCUAUGGCGACGUUAACCUUUGAUACUGGACCAUCCUCAGCUCAAUCUCAUCCAUUGCAACAGCACUCGUACGGAGCCACGUCAGCCAGGUCGACCCUAUCCCGUCGCCCGGUAUCCACCCGACCUAGUCUCUUUCACCAAGGCAGCUCGGCAUCUGAAGCUGAACUUGCUAGAUUGAGCAGCAGCUAUGUCGACCGGCCCUUGAGUGCCGCAUACCCAUCGAUCUACGCCUACAACCGACCCAUCUCGACAGGACAACUACUGUCAAUGGCCGAGACUCCUUUAAGACACCGUCAGCAGAUGGAAUCCACCCCCGCAGAUGCAGUUUCAUUGAGUCACUACGGAUACACCGUCGACCCCGCAUACCUCAACACCCGUUCCCGCGUAAGCCACUACAACCCCGGACGUCAGAGUCGUCUAUCCGUCGCACCCUCACAAGUCUUUGUCCUCCCUCCCGACCCCAACAACAAAGACCCCAACCAACCCGUUCAACUCCUAGUCGUCCAACAAGCCCCCGAAGUCGGACUCUCUCCCCUAUCCAUCACCACCAUCGUCGCCUACUCGAUGCUGGCACUCCACUCGAUCAUCUUCGAAGAAGUCUACGCCCUCUACGCCGUCACACCUGUCUUAUCCCACGGUCUGGGUUGGACUGCGAUCCAACUGUCGACCAGUCUUGCGUGUAUGGGGAUUGUGCAACUGUUGAUGCAAUUUGUGGUGUACCCUAUGCUCGAGAGACGGUUCUCAGCGGUGUGGUUGUUUAGGUGUGCACAGCUGAUCUAUUGUUGUGUGUAUAUCUCGUUCCCGAUGAUCCGUGCACUUGCGGUGGAUGAGAGUGAUGCUGAGACGGGUGGACAGUUGACGAGGGUAAGGUGUUUGGUUCUCGCAACCCUUGUCUUUAAGUACCUCUGCAGCGUCUUUUCCUACACUUCCGUCAUGGUCAUGAUCACAAACUCGUCUCCACCACACCUACUGGGCACCGUUAACGGGAUUGGCCAGACAUCCGCCUCAUUCAUGCGCGCGUUCGGUCCAGCGCUGGGAGGCAUCUUUUGGGCGUGGUCGUUGGGCAACAAACUGAGUUUCCCGUUUAAUUACUUUUUUGUGUUCUUCCUUAUGGCCACCAUUGCCGUCUUGGGGUUCAUCCAUAGUUUCUCGAUUCCUACAGAGUUGGGACGUAGGAAGUUUUGA